GAGGCAGCACCGAGUCAGUAGUUCCCCUACAGAGUCAACCCCCUUUGAAUCCGACAAGUCAUAGUGAAAUUGUGGCUCCUUGUCUUCGGGCCAAUCACAGAGGAAGUCACUAAUAUGCAAAUCGCGCGUUAUCACAGUCACGUCAGCAGCGCUCGAGCCGCUGCGCCGUGGUCGCCAGCAGGAGUACAACUAACAACACAACUUCGCCGAUAACACUCUUCGAUACAUCGACGCCCGGAGUUGCACUUUAGGGUUUGUUUCAGGGCUGCAAUGUAAUGGACAUGCUGUAGCUCUGUGGGUUGUAAGGCUCAUAGGGACCUGCUUUGAUCCCGUGCAGUUCCAGAGGAUCCAGUUACCUUCCAGACUCUGCCAUGGACUUUUUUGAUGACCCCAACCUUUUUGUUGGAAGUUUGGAGGGGCUGGACGAGGAUGGGUUCCCCUCAGGACCAUCGCUUGUGGAUGAGCUAAACCUUACUGCUGACUUUGAGCCCAUUCAGGUGGAGCCUUUAGGCCGGGGAAAACACCAAGACAUGAUGCCCCCACUUUCUUCCACAUCUACCCAUCAAACCAUGCCUACUUACGGUCAACAGAUGGGUCACUUUAUUGGCGUUAAGUCACAAAAUCCCAUAGGUCAUGCUUUUCCUGGCCCUGUGGACACAGGUGGUGGAGCCGGCAGCGGCAGCAUGAUUGCAGAGCAACAUGGUCAGUACCACAAUGCCACAAUGAGCCAAAUACCUCAAUCCAAUGGGUUGUUCUGCAAUGGUGGCAGUCCAAUGUGGGGCAACCAAGACCAGAAUGCAAAUAUGUACCACCCCUUAUCUCAACAACAGCAACAAAUUUGUCAUCAGCAGCAGCCACUGCACAAUCAGCAACUUCAAAUCCGACAACAAACACAACAGCACCACCACCAACCAUCCCAUCAUUCACAACAGCAGCACAGGAUGCGACAGCAGCACCUGCAACAACAACAAAGUCAUCACCAGCAACUGCUGAACCAUGGUCAGCACCAACAUAAUAUGUCCCUGCAACAAUCACAGCAUCAUAACUUCCCCUUCCACCAGGAAUGUCGGCCUCAGAAUCAGCAACAAAUUCACCAUAGUCAACAGCAGGGUCAGCAUCAUGUAGCUGUAGGAGGCCCCAGGCUCCAUUCAAGGGCUCUACCAAGUAAGGCCUAUUUGGAUAAUAAAACUGCUUCUCUGAAUGUGACAUGCUUACAACAACAGCAGCAGCAGAGUAGCUAUCAGUUGAUGACAGGAGGUCAACCAGGAGACAAUAACUUGCCAUUUCCCAUGCAUUCUUCGUCUAUGGUUCACUCCAUGCCCAAUUGCUCUGUCAGUUCUGCCACUGCUUACCAGCCACCUCAGUACCCUGCCUACCCUGGAGAGCCAGAAAUGCCCAGUCUCAGUCAGCAGUCUCUGUCCUCAGCUUCGGUGUCUAGGCCCUUGACCACUACUGCACCCCUCACUUCCACCAUGCCUGAUCUCUCAGGAGCACCAUGUCACUUCCCAUCCUCAACAGCUGUUAGUCAGCAGAAUACACCAGUAAGUCAGGCAGAGGAAUGUCCUUUCCAGGCUCUGCGUUGUUCUGGAGAAACACAGGGAAGCUGCAAGUCCUCUGAGAUGUUUGGGGACUCUAUGAGCUGUUACCCAAGCAUGGCCAGCCAGACUCGCUAUGAGCAGGAGCACCAAAGCUGCAAUGCUGUCAACACAAAUGGAUACCAAGAUUUGGGAGACAGUCUCCUGCAUUCAGAGGCUCAAGAUGGAGACUUGGAAGGACUGGAGCCUCCUGACCUCCUGCCUGACCUCCUGCCUCAGCUGGAGGCUGCUCUUAGCCAAGAGGAAGAAUCUAACUGUUCCUGGGCUGAUUCCAUCCAGGAGAGGGGACAUGAGAGGAAACCACCACCUGUUGAGUACAGGGAAGAAAAGCCUCGAAAAAACGCUAAUGGUCCUGGGAGCCAGGUCCAGGUCCUCAGUCCCCCAAUGAAGAGCAGCUCAUCGUCAUCCUCCUCUUCCUCAUCGUCCUCUUCCUCAUCCAGCUCCUCAUCAGAGAAGAGGACCCAGCGAAGGACACAUCAUCAGAUGGAGUCAAAUACACAGGACAAGCAGGAGAAGGCCAAUAGGAUAAUUUCAGAGGCUAUUGCAAAGGCUCGGCAGCGUGGGGAAAAGAACAUCCCCAGAGUUAUGAGUCCUGAGAGCUUCCCCAGCUCUUCCUCACAGUAUAAGACCCAUCGUGACCGAGAUCAUAAAGGAAACGGCAAGGCACGGCCCAAAGAGAAAGCCUGUAGGAAGGCCUGCAUUGUUCCGUCAUCCAAGUCCAAGCAGAAGGCCAAGAUUGGGAAAAUUGUCAUCAAGAUUGGGAAGAAGAAAAAGCGAAAGCCAGAGUCUUCAGACGAGUCGGAUGAUGAACCUCCACCGCGACAUAUUUCCAAGGAUGCAGACUCUAAGAGGCGAUCUAAUCGCCAGGUAAAGAGGAAGAAGUAUGCUGAGGAACUGGAGGCCAGGUUGUCAGAUGAGGAAGUCAAGGUUAUCGUCAAAGCCAAGAAAACCAAUGCUGCAGGGUCCAAGCAGCCUGCUGUUCAACUCUUUGUAGAGAAUCCCAGUGAAGAGGAUGCAGCAGUUGUUGACAAAAUCAUGUCCUCACAUAUCAUCAAGAAGGAGGUUUCUCCAGGAGUGGUGGUUGAAGUGGAGGAGUUUUUUGUUAAGUAUAAAAACUACUCUUACCUACACUGUGAGUGGGCCACAGAGCAGCAGCUGGUGAAGGACAAGAGGAUUCAGCAGAAGAUCAAACGCUUCAAGAUGAAACAAGCACAGAGGGCGCUCUUCUUCGCAGAUAUGGAAGAGGAGCCCUUUAACCCUGACUAUGUAGAGGUAGACAGAGUGCUGGAGGUGUCUUAUUGUGAGGACAAAGACACUGGAGAGGAGGUGGUGUAUUACCUGGUGAAGUGGUGCUCCCUGCCUUACGAGGACAGCACCUGGGAGCUGAAGGACGAUGUGGAUCAGAACAAGAUUGAGGAGUUUGAGCAGCUGCAGGCAGCCAAGCCAGACUCUCGCCGGGUGGAGCGGCCCCCAGCCAACCUGUGGAAGAAGAGGGAGCAGUCGAGGGAAUACAGGAAUGGCAACAGCCUCAGGGACUACCAGCUAGAGGGUGUUAACUGGCUCCUCUUCAACUGGUACAACAGACGAAACUGCAUCCUGGCAGAUGAGAUGGGCCUGGGAAAGACUAUCCAGUCCAUCACAUUCCUUGAAGAGAUCUACCGUGUGGGCAUCAAGGGGCCAUUCCUCAUCAUUGCCCCACUCUCCACGAUUGCAAACUGGGAGCGGGAGUUCCGUACUUGGACCCACCUCAAUGUCAUUGUCUACCACGGAAGCAUGGUCAGCAGGCAGAUGCUUCAGCAGUAUGAGAUGUAUUUCAGGGAUGCACAGGGUCGUGUGAUCCGAGGUGCCUACAGGUUUCAGGCUGUUAUUACCACGUUUGAGAUGAUUCUUGGUGGCUGUCCUGAGCUCAAUGCCAUAGAGUGGCGCUGUGUUAUCAUUGACGAGGCUCACCGUCUCAAGAACAAGAACUGCAAGCUGCUAGAAGGCUUCAAGCUCAUGAGCCUGGAGCACAAAGUCCUGCUGACAGGCACUCCUCUUCAGAACACAGUGGAGGAGCUCUUCAGCCUGCUCCAUUUCCUGGAACCGGCCCGUUUCCCUUCAGAAAACACCUUCAUGCAGGAAUUUGGAGACCUCAAGACUGAAGAGCAGGUACAGAAGCUUCAGGGUAUCCUCAAACCCAUGAUGCUGCGUCGGUUGAAGGAGGAUGUGGAAAAGAAGCUGGCUCCUAAAGAGGAAACCAUCAUCGAAGUUGAGCUCACUAACAUUCAGAAGAAGUACUACCGCGCCAUCCUGGAGAAGAAUUUCUCUUUCUUAGCUAAAGGUGCAGGUCAGGCAAAUAUGCCCAAUCUGGUCAACACCAUGAUGGAGCUGAGAAAGUGCUGCAACCACCCCUACCUCAUAAAAGGGGCAGAAGAGAAGAUCCUCGAGGACUUCAGGGAGGUCCACAGCCCCACUGCCAUCGAUUUUCACCUGCAGGCAAUGGUGCAGUCUGCUGGGAAGCUUGUCCUUAUUGACAAACUGCUGCCUAAGAUGAAGGCAGGAGGGCACAAGGUGCUCAUCUUUUCUCAAAUGGUGCGCUGCCUGGACAUCUUGGAAGACUACCUCAUUCAGAGAAGGUACUUGUAUGAGCGGAUAGAUGGACGCGUUCGUGGAAAUCUGCGACAGGCUGCUAUUGACCGCUUUAGUAAGCCUGACUCGGACCGCUUCGUUUUCCUUUUGUGUACGCGGGCCGGUGGCCUGGGAAUCAACCUCACAGCAGCAGACACCUGCAUCAUCUUUGAUUCUGACUGGAACCCACAGAAUGACCUGCAGGCCCAGGCUCGCUGCCAUCGGAUCGGUCAGAACAAGGCAGUGAAGGUGUACCGUCUCAUCACCAGGAACUCUUAUGAACGAGAAAUGUUUGAUCGUGCCAGCCUCAAGCUGGGCUUGGACAAAGCAGUGUUACAGAGCAUGAGUGGUCGAGAUAACAGCCUGGGAGGAGGCACCGGGGGAGGGGCGGCGCAGCAGCAGCUUUCUAAGAAGGAGAUUGAGGAUCUUUUGCGGCGUGGUGCUUAUGGGGCCAUUAUGGAUGAGGAGGAUGAAGGGGCCAAAUUCUGUGAGGAGGACAUUGACCAGAUUCUCCAGCGCAGGACAAAGACCAUAACCAUAGAGUCUGAGGGACGAGGAUCUACCUUUGCUAAGGCCAGUUUUGUGGCGUCCGGAAACCGCACAGACAUUUCUCUGGAUGACCCCAACUUUUGGGACAAGUGGGCCAAAAAGGCUGAUAUCGAUAUGGAUAUGGUCAACGGCAGAAACAGUUUAGUGAUAGACACUCCUCGUGUCAGGAAACAAACAAGGCCAUUCAGUGCAACCAAGGAUGAGUUGGCAGAGCUUUCAGAGGGCGAAAGUGAGGGUGAUGAAACCAAACCUAAGCUAAGGCGCAAUGACCGUCUCAACAGUUACGGACGCACUGAGUGCUUUAGAGUGGAGAAGAACCUGCUUGUUUAUGGGUGGGGUCGUUGGAAGGAUAUUCUGAAUCAUGGUCGUUUUAAGAAGCAGCUGACAGAGUGGGAUGUGGAGUCGAUCUGCAGGGCCCUCCUGGCCUACUGUCUGGUCCAUUACCGUGGAGACGACAAGAUCAAAAGCUUCAUGUGGGACCUUAUAGCCCCUACUGAGGAUGGCCAGACCAAGGAACUGCAGAAUCAUCUAGGUUUGUCCGCUCCAGUCCCACGGGGCAGAAAGGGCAAGAAAAUGAAAACCCAGUCCAGCAGUUUUGACAUCCACAAGGCAGAAUGGCUUAGGAAACACAACCCUGAGCACAUGCUUCAAGAUGAUGGCUACAAGAAACACCUCAAACAUCACUGCAACAAGGUGUUGCUCAGGGUCAGAAUGCUCUACUACCUGAAACAAGAGGUGAUAGGAAGCCAGGCCCAGAAGGUACUAGACGGCAUAGACUGCAGCGAGAUAAAGAUCUGGGUGCCAGAGCCUGACCAUUCAGAGCUGCCAGCUUUGUGGUGGGAUGUCAUCUCUGACAAGUGUCUGCUGCUGGGAGUCUACAAGCACGGUUAUGAAAAGUACAACACUAUUCGUGCAGACCCUACACUCUGCUUUCUAGAGCGGGUUGGUCGACCGGAUGAGAAAGCCAUCGCUGCUGAACAGAGAAGCAAUGAUUUCAUGGACGGAGAUGUGGAUGAUCCAGAAUACAAGCCUGCUCCAGCUCUGAUAAAGGACGAAAUGGAGGACGACGCCUCCUCUCCAGGAGACUUGGUUGUCACUGACAACGCUGGAGAUGCAGUUCCAGUGACAGAGGGUAAUAGUGCAUACUGGCCCUCUCCAUCUGUGCUGACAGCCAGGCUGAGACGUCUCAUCACAGCCUCCCAGCGCUACACCAAGAGCCGGCAGAUCCUGCAAAUCCACCAGACUCAGACCCAGUCCCAACAGACCAUGAUCCUGCCUACUGCACUCUGCCCACUGCCCCCCACACUCAAUGAAACACUUAACCCGAAGAUGGUUGCCAAGAUUGAGCGCCAACAAAGAUGGACCAGGCGAGAGGAGGCUGACUUCUACCGCGUAGUCUCCACUUUUGGUGUUGUUUUUGACCCAAGCCUCGGCCGGUUCGACUGGACCAAGUUCAGGGCCAUGGCGCGGUUGCACAAGAAAACUGAUGAGAGCCUGCAAAAAUACCUGUGUGCUUUCACCGCCAUGUGCCGAAGAGUGUGUCGUCUGCCACCAAAAGAAGGAGAUUCUGCAGUGGACCCAUCUCUGACCAUCCAACCAAUCACAGAGGAGCGAGCGUCCCGUACCCUGUACAGAGUAGAAUUACUUCGACAGGUGAGGGAGCAAGUCCUUCGGCAUACGUUACUUUAUGAGCGUCUGUCGCUGUGUCAGAUGAGCUCUGAUCUACCCGUCUGGUGGGAGGCUGGUACCCAUGAUCGUGACCUGCUGAUUGGUGCUGCCAAACAUGGCGUCAGUCGUACAGAUUAUCACAUCCUGCGAGACCCGGAGCUCAGCUUCAUGGCAGCCCAGCGCAACUACAGCCAGACAAAAGCACAGCAGCAAUCACGCACAUCCACCCCACUCCUCCACCCUCAAUACCAGACCCCCAGCUCCCAGCUGACCGGAUCUCCACUGCAUCCACCACCACAGAGAGACGCAGACCUGAGUGGGGUUGUACCCAAAGUGGAACCUGCUUCAGAGGGGGAAGAGAGCAGGGAGAAGCAGGCCAACAGCUGGAGUCCUCCUCGAGCACCCGCAACUCCAACAGGUCUGGAGGAGAAGCCUGUUUCUGAGACGAGGGACAGCGAGAGACAGAUGGCAGCAGCGAGAACUAAACCUCUCACACCCAACUCAUCAGAGAGGAAACCCAAAAAGGCCAGUAAGAGGAGCCGCAGGGAGGCCAGACGUGGCUCAGACUCUGAUUCAGAUGGCUCUUCCUCAAGCUCCUCAUCUCGCUCCUCAUCAUCUUCCUCAUCCUCUUCUUCCUCGUCACAUUCCGGAUCUAGCUCCUCAUCCUCUUCAUCAUCUUGCUCCUCUGGCUCUUCUUCAUCGUCGUCAUCCUCUUCAUCUUCUUCUGAUGACAGUGAUAGUGAGGGAGAAGAAGGGAAGAAAAAAGCAGUUGCAGCAGCAAGUGUUAAGGGCUUUGAUGAGGACAGUGUGGCAUCUAUGAGCACAACCCAGGAUGAAACACAAGACACUCAUGUAGCCAACGGCAUCACCGGUAACUCUUCGCAUCCUUUCCAGGGAGGAGGAUACAUGCUCGCAGCAUCCUACUGGCCAAAGGAUCGUGUGAUUAUCAACCGCCUGGACAGCAUUUGCCAGGCAGUGCUAAAAGGCAAGUGGCCAGGAACACGUCGCGUCUACGAGCCCGGAGGUGCUGUGGCCUCUUUCUACACCACCAAGCUGCUGGACAAUGCAAACAGCCUGUGCGAGGACCCCUCUGCCUCUCCACAGGGGUCAAAGGUGACGAAGCAUGUUGCAGAAAACAAGGAGUUCUCAGUAAAGCUGAACGAUCAGGAGGGAGGUCUGAAGCUGACCUUCCAAAAACAAGGUUUACCUCUUAAGAGGCCCCUGGAGUCAGAAGAGGGCCCCCAGGCCCAGCAGCAGUACCUGGCCCGGCUUCAUGAGCUGCAGAGCGCUUCGGACACAGGCCUGGCAGACAUCACCAAACCUCAGUGCAGCUUCCAGAGUGUUCCUCAAGGUCUUGCUGGUCAGAUGAGGAUUAAUGGAGUGUUAGACGGCCAACCAGUGGUAAAGAAGCGGAGAGGAAGGAGAAAGAACGUGGAAGGCAUGGACCUGCUCUUCAUGAACAGGAGCAGAGUCCCCACUGUGCUCGAUCAGGUGCCUCCAGGGUGGGGUGGUAUAGGCCAAGUGGGUGCGUCUGUGGCCUCCUUACCGGGCUGCAGCCAGAGCACAACUCAGGGCCCCUCUGACACCGAGAGCAGGGUGCCUGUCAUCAACCUUAAAGAUGGCACACGGCUCGCAGGAGACGACGCUCCCCGUAGGAAAGACCUGGAGCAGUGGCUUAAAGAGCACCCUGGUUUUGUAGCAGACACAGGAGCCUUUAUCCCUGGGGUAAAUAAAAUGCAAAUGCAGUUCCACUUCCAGGAUGGUCGGCCCAAGCAGAAGAGGCACCGCUGUAGAAACCCCAAUAAGAUUGACGUGAACAGUCUGACAGGAGAGGAAAGAGUCCAGAUCAUCAACAGGAGGAAUGCACGCAAGGUUGGAGGUGCAUUUGCUCCUCCUCUGAAGGAUCUGUGUCGGUUCCUUCAAGAAAACCCAGAGUAUGGAGUCCCACCUGAAUGGGCAGAUGUUGUCAAACAGUCAGGUUACCUUCCAGAGAGCAUGUUUGACAGGAUCCUUACUGGGCCCAUCGUUCCCGAGGAGGUGAGCCGGCGUGGAAGACGACCGAAGAAUCCUCUGGCUAAAGCGGCGGCAGCGGCUGCAGCGGCAUCAGCAGCGCCCAAUCCAGCUGCCACCGCCAUGGGCCUGAACCCUCUGCUGAGCAACGGCCUCCUCGCUGGAAUGGACCUGACGAGCCUGCAGGCCUUCCAGCAAAACCUCCAGAACUUACAGUCCCUGCAGCUCACAGCAGGCCUGAUGGGGCUUCCAUCUGAUGCUAGCAACCUGGCCGCAAGCAACUUAGCUGCAAUGUUUCCCAUGGUGCUGUCUGGCAUGGCAGGAUUGCCAAACCUACUGGGCAUGAGUAGCCUGCUUGGGAAGUCUGCUCAGGAGGUUGCAGCAGGCUCUGAGGACAAGCCGAAGGGAUCUGCAGGUAGUGGAACAGGAGAGCAGGCCGCCUCCAAAGCCCCCUCUCACACCUCAGACACCAAAGGAGAAAGGACAGAGGGCUUAAACACAACUCCUUCCUCCGUUUCCAGCAGCACGUCCUCUGCCACCGCCCCACAAAGUGCUUCAGCUGCCACUGCAGCCUCUGCUCAUGCACUGUCUCUUAACCCCUUGUUACUCUCCAGUAUGCUUUACCCAGGGAUGCUUCUCACUCCAGGCCUUAACCUUCCAGUGUCUGCGGCGCAGCAGCAGAGUGCAAACGGUGACCCUGGCCCUACUGCUGCUGUUCCUCCACCAGCCUCCCAGACGUUGCUACGGGACAAAGAGGAGCCUGCAGCAGGGAAAGACGAAGGGGAGCAGGACGAGGAUGAAGCACUAGAAGAGACUUUGGAAGACGAAGAAGAUGAGGAGGAGGAGGAGUCAGCAGAACAAAGAGUGAACAGUGGUCCUGAAGGUUCAGGAAAAGCUGAGUCAUCAUCUUCAGAGUCUGGAAGCUCUUCUUCAUCAUCAGAUGAUUCAGACUCCAGUGAUGAAGACUGAUCUAUGAAUAUAAUUAUAAAUUUAUUUAUGUAUUGCCUAGAAAUGUAUACAUAUAUUCACAUAUAUAUGGAUUUUCCAGCACUUAAGUUGCAAUUUCUUUACAUGUAAAUACAAGAACUAACUAAACGUUGUGUAAUAAAAACUACAAAAACCUAAAAAGGAAAAAAAAAAACAGUAAAAAACCUGAAAUUAAAAAAAAAACUGAAAUAAAAUUUCAGUGUUUGUUCACAAGGUACAGUCCUGUUUUGAGACAUUUUGCAUGUCAGACUUUAGUAGAUUUCUGAACUCUGUGAACUUGUACCACACGAUUAUGUACAAUUGCAAAAAAAGGCAUUAUUGUAAUUAUGUCAGGAUUUAAUUUUAUUAAAAAAAAUGAAACUACGUCAA